AUGGUCAACAAGAGGAAGAAGAAGUCUGAUAACAGUGGCGAUGAGGGUGAUAAAAGUGAUGCCUCCGAACGUCGAGGCCGUCGAACAAGAUGGUGGUCCCUGCGAUCAAGAUCUGGCCCAGGUGGUGGCUCUGAAGCUGAACUCGGAGAAGGUCGGCCCAGACCUCGUUUGAGAUCUCCUCCUCCUCCUCAGCCCGAAGAACACAACACACAACAACAACAACAACAACAACAACACACUCAGAAAGAAGACUCUGACGACGACGAAGAAGACGACCCAAACAUCGACCCCACCACCGCCACCAACACCAUUUCAAACACCAACAUCCCUACCACUGCCCCUCCUCCUCCUCCCACUACAACCGCUACAACCAGAUCCAAAUCUGCUUCUCAACUUCCACCCUCCGACAUCUACUCUCACAGUUUAAUCGCCCCUCCUCGUCCUCGUCAAACCGUCAAUCGAAAGUUCUGGGACAUCAUUCACCGGCGACAAAGUUCAAAAAGAACUUCCAGAUCCGCUCCUCCUCAUACCGCUAACGACCACGAAGACCCAGAAUACAGGUCUUUCGACGCUGCUAAAGCCGUUCGCCCUUCCCCUAGGGUCGUUGACUAUCUUCCAAAGCCUUCCGAACGUGCUGCUAAAUUCGGUACCCCGCCGAGCAUCCUCAAGGAAUCCGGUGGCCCCAGGAGAUUUGAUUUCCCUCUCCCAGCUCCAACCGAAGCCGAAAGAAAUUGGCGCCAUACCAUCUCCCGUAUCCCAGGUGCCGUCGCUGGCGCUGUUCUUAAAGAAAGAGCUAGUGUAGAUUUCGAUAAAAAGAGCCGCGUCCACGGAUACUUCCAGUCCGAUCCUAUCUACCUCACAGAUAAUACCACCCCGGAGCGUAGACCUUCACCACCUCCAGUUGAACACAGCCUUUCCGAAUAUCUUGAUUCCCUGGUCCAUUCUGAUCAAGCAAAAGCAAAAUCCAAUAAAGACGAUAAUAAUAAUAAGGACAAUCAAAACCCUCAGCUAAAUUAUAGCUCUCUUUUCGACGAAUUCCAAGGUGAAAAACUACCGCCUGCCGCGACAGAAAAACCAAGGAGACGACGAAGUGUAGUUUUUGUCGAGCCUGAAGUUCCACUCAAUAGAAAUAGACGGAGUCUUCGACCCCGUCCUUCAUCUGGACCCGCAACCGCUGCAACCGCUGCAACCACCGCACUCGCUCAAAUAAAGGCUCAACAACAACAAGCUUCCAGCUCCAGCCGAGGGAAUCCAGGUUCUAGCAGUAGCAGUAGCGGCAAUAAGAAGAGCAAACCAUCCAAGAAAGGAUCCAAAGACAAGAAGGAUCCCAAAGAUGGCGGAGACGAAAACAAACCCUAG